CCAUUUUUUUAUUUAUCGACGUAGUUAAUGAACUUGUAUCACAGGCUUGUUGAAAGACCACUUCGUAAUCAUUGAUUAGGUAUAUUGAAACAAUUACUUUUGUACGAUUACACAGAUGUAUAUAAAAUUAUAAUCUAAACUUCUGACCGGUAGCAGUUUUUGCAAACUUAGAUAAUGAAGACGACUAUGUUUCUAAUUUACGCCUUUUUGUUGGUGUGUGCGACAUGUUUUGAAUCGGCAUCUUCAGACUCAGACACUCUUGUUUUCCUACAUGUGCUCUUUAGACAUGGCAACAGAACACCUGAUAGAACAUCACUUUUUCCAAAUGAUCCCAACAUUAAUGAAACGUACGAACCCUUUGGUUACAGCCAACUGACAACUAAAGGGAAGAAAACACAAUACGAAAUAGGGCGUUAUCUUCGUGAAACCUACGGCGACUUCAUCCCAGCUCAGUACACCCCAGAUGUAGUCUAUGCCAUAUCCACAAAUUUCAAACGAACAAAAAUGUCUCUAGAGUUGGUCCUUGCUGGUCUUUUCCCACCCCUUGAAUCCGAUAUUUUCACCGAAGGUCUGAACUGGCAACCCAUCCCUUUCAACGUCGAACAACAAGAAGAACUAAUAGGAAUCCCCUUAAUUUAUUGCUCCAAUUUUGUCCGACAAUACUACAAAUUUAUGUUAUCUCUAGAAGGAAAAGCAAUUCUCGACAGCUACCAAAACCUUUAUCAACAAUUAUCGAAUUAUAGCGGUCUGGCGGUGACAUCACCUGACGAAGUACUCGAUGUGUUCGAAACUCUUGAAAGCGAGCAAGAUUACGGACUUGAACUACCGGAAUGGACGUCUGAAAUCUUUCCGGACGUUCCGGAAGAAGCUGCGUCUCGUUAUUUUGAAUUUGCCACUGUCACACCAGGGUUGAGAAGAUUGGCUAUCGGGAAAUUUUUGAAGAAGAUUCUAGACGAUUCGGUGGCAAAAACAGAAGGACUUUUACCGGAAGAAAGAAAAAUUUCUUUGUAUUCAGCACACGACUUUCAAGUUGCUAUAUUGUUAAACAGUCUGGGUCUUUAUGACAAACGUAUGCCUCCAUAUGGUGCUACAGUUAUAUUUGAAAUACAUAACAUAGACGGAGUUUAUGGCUUGAAGUUGUUGUAUCAGGAUUAUAGUGAAGCCGCUCCCAAACUAUUGACGAUACCUGGGUGCACAAGUUUUUGCGAGAUUGAUAAAUUUGCUGAACUAAUAGCUGACGAUUUUCCUGGAAUGGCCGAUAUUUGCACAUUUACUGGAGAAUUAAUGUAAACAGCGAUAAGAUAGAAGUGCCAAAAUAUAAAUCCUUAUGAACAUACUACGUGAAUGAAUCAUGAAAAUUUUAUAGUUAUCUGAUUGAUGUUUGUUUUUCAUAACAUGUAAAUAAAUUAAUUAAAAAUA